GAAGAACAUUUAAAUUUGUGUUUGAAAAUUCCGCACGAUAGAGCGCCAGCGGUGACGGAAGUCAUAUUUGUUUAAAAUUACUUACCUACAAGAUAAUUGUUCAAAAGAAACAAUAGAGUUGACGUUUACAGUAUUGAGAGUUCUGCAAACAUGUCUACGCACAACUCGUUCAGUGUCGCAAAAAAGGAUGAGAAGGGGAGAAAUAUUCAAGUCGUUGUGAGAUGCAGACCCUUCAACAACGCGGAACGCAAGUCUGCCGCCCAUGGAGUCAUUGACACAGUGGAAAAUCGAAAGGAGAUCAAUGUGCGAACGGGGGGGAUUGGCGACAAGGCAGCUAGGAAGACGUACACUUUUGAUAUGGUGUUUGGUCCAUCUGCCAAGCAAAUUGAUGUCUACAAGAGUGUUGUCUGCCCUAUUUUGGAUGAAGUGAUAGGUGGAUACAAUUGUACAGUUUUUGCGUAUGGCCAAACGGGAACAGGAAAGACUUUUACAAUGGAAGGAGAAAGAUCUCCAAAUGAAGAAUUUACAUGGGAAGAGGAUCCUCUUGCUGGUAUCAUUCCCCGGACACUUCAUCAGAUAUUUGAGAAGCUGUCUGAAAGUGGGACAGAGUUUUCUGUCAAGGUUUCCUUGCUGGAGAUCUACAAUGAAGAGUUGUUUGACCUGCUCAGCCCUUUUCCUGACGUCACUGAACGUCUUCAGUUGUUUGAUGAUCCACGUAACAAGAGGGGUGUUAUCAUCAAGGGCCUGGAAGAAAUCACAGUACACAACAAAAAUGAGGUUUACCAGAUUUUGGAGCGUGGAUCUGCCAAGAGGAAAACUGCCUCCACUCUCAUGAAUGCCUACUCCAGCCGCUCUCACUCAGUUUUCUCCGUCACGAUUCAUAUGAAGGAGAUAACUGUUGAUGGAGAGGAACUGGUCAAGAUUGGAAAACUGAACUUGGUUGACCUUGCUGGCAGUGAGAACAUCGGUCGGUCCGGGGCUGUGGACAAGCGGGCGCGUGAGGCUGGCAACAUCAACCAGUCUCUGCUGACACUGGGCAGGGUGAUCACUGCACUGGUGGAGAAGAGGCCCCAUGUGCCCUACAGGGAGUCCAAACUCACCCGCAUCCUCCAGGACUCAUUGGGAGGCCGCACUAAGACUUCCAUCAUUGCCACAGUUUCACCAGCCUCCAUCAACUUGGAGGAAACUCUGAGCACACUGGAUUAUGCCAACAGGGCCAAGAACAUCAUGAACAAGCCUGAGGUGAACCAGAAGUUGACAAAGAGAACUCUUAUCAAGGAAUACACAGAGGAAAUUGAGCGUCUAAAACGGGAUUUGGCUGCCACUCGUGACAAGAAUGGAGUGUAUCUGUCAUCUGAGAACUAUGAGAGCAUGGCAGCUGCGAUAUCUUCCCAAGAGGAUCACAUAACUGAAUACACAGAGAAGAUUGCUGCAGUGGAGGAGGAACUGAAGAGCGUUACAGAGCUGUUUGAGGAUCGCAAGGAGAAGCUGGACAAGUGCACCAAUGACCUAGAGGAGAAGAACCAGAAGCUGCAGGAGACUCACAGGGACCUGCAGCAGACCAAGCAGAAGCUCACUGAGGAGGAGUUUAUAGUGUCUGAGCUGGCCACCACCGAGGAGAAACUGUACACCACUGCAGACAAGUUGCUGACAACUGUUGACGAAAGCACCAAAGACGUGUCUGGCCUGCAUGCGAAGCUGGAGAGGAAGAAAAAGGUUGAGGAGCACAACUCUGAGAUCCAGAUGAGUUUCGCAGACUGCAUGGAUGCUAUGUUCAGCCAGAUGCAGAAAUCUGUAGAAGACCAGCACAGCAAACACCAGGGCAUGCUGGACUCCUACAAAACCUCAGUUGAGGGUCUUCUCGCAGUCAACGACAAAGCUUUCAAAGGAGCCAUGGCUACUGUAGCCACGUCCUUCUGCAGCAUCAAAGACCUGGUUGCUGAUGGCAUGACCAAGUGUCAGGCUAAGAUGAUGGAGCAGGAGACGCUGUGUGUGGAGGCUAAAAACAGUCUGCACCAGGUUUUGGAGGAGCAUAAGCUGGAGCUUGAGGAGGUCCUGGUGGCCCAGGUGUUGCCUGGUCUGAGUGCUGUCAUGGCCAUGAAUGACAGCCUGAGGAAGACACUGGAGACCCACCAUGCCCUGGCAGCUAAGAUGGAGUCCAUGAAGGUGGAGGUGGCGUCGUUCUUCAGUGGCCAUGCCCAGGACCUGGCUACCCUGAGGGAGACUGCAACAGAAGGUCUCGGCUCCCUAAAGACUGAGCACGACAACCUGAAGGAACAGAUCAGCAGAGCAGACAAGGAGCACCAGACAGGCAUGACCCAGGUGAUCCAGUGUCUGCAGAACCAGCUCAACCUCCUGGCCAUGGAGACCCAGAAUAACUAUGCCGGCCUGAUGAAUGCCUCCGACGCCCUGCAGGUCCCUAUUCAGUCCCUUCAGCAGACCCUUCAAACGAGAUGCAGUGUGUCUGAGAACCAGACCGCCACCCAAAAGGAACAUCUAGAGUCUACCACUGCCAGCUUGAUCUCUGAGGUCCAACAGACUGCCCAGGAGGCCAUGCGCACAGUGGACGAGUCUUCCUGCUACUGCAGCCACCUGCACAGCUCUCUGACCCAGCUAGGUGAGAAGAGUCUGCAGUGGUGUGCCUCUACCGAAGAUGGCAUUGACUCCCAGGCCCAGGCUCAGCUCACCCUGAUCAGAGACCAAACCGCCUCUGCUCAGACCCUGCUAACGAGAGUGGAGCAGAGCUGUGAGGAGAGAGUCCAGGAAGUGAGUGGGCAGCUGAAGCAGCAGCAGGAGAUGGUGAAGGAGGGUCUGGGGUCCAUGAAGGAGCAGACGUCACUGGACCAGAACACCCUGGAACACCACCAGACGGAACUCAAGGCCCACUUGGAGGAUGGCCUGGCCCGUGUUCACAGCUUCCUCAGCGAUGAACUCCUACAGGAUGUCCCAACUGGUGCAACUCCUCGGAGAAGGGACUUUGUGUACCCUCGUCUCUUGGCCAAGUCGAAGAGCAGAGCAGAACUGCUGGAGAACCUCUGCCACAAGCAGGAGGAGCUGCAGACGGCCCUGUUCCAAUGUGACGCAUUGGAGGAGGAGAAGCAGGUUGAUCAGGACUCUCUGGAGGAUGAGGUGAGCGGCUAUGGCUACGUCACUGAGCCGCCUUACAUAGACGAAAACCUCAUGUGCUACGAGAGCGGGAGAGUGCCGUUCUUCAAGCAAAAGAAGGCCGGCAAGAAAGAAAAAUCUGUUAAUCGUUCCAAGAUGGUAGAUAAUGAUACUCAGGCAACGCCGGUCAGGUCAAAGUUACCACUCAGGUGUCAGAACUAGUUCUAGAUUUUCAACAUUUCUAGCCCCUCUGAGUUUCACGGUUGAUGUUAUGCUCCAUCUGCUCCGUUAUCCACCACAAAUCAGUCAAUGUCCAAAAAGGUUAGAACCAGCUCACCUGCUUUUACACCAUGAUUUAACCAUUAGAUGUUCAGUGUUUAUUUAGAUAUUUUUUUUUAGGCUGCAAUAUGGACCUGACCAAAGUCCAAUAGAAAUGUUAUAGAUCUGUCAUUCAAAAUGAAAGCAAGUCAAAAGUGCUAGAUCUGUUCUAUGCUACCUGUUUCUUGGGGUGUUAUUUUGAUUUUGUACACCAGCUUAAAACUGAAAAUACAAUAUUUUUGGUUAUUGAAAUAUAUUUCACAGCGGUUUAGAUGGUACAAUGAUUCUGUACACUAUACAUUGCUUGUUUUGUCGCAAACUGAAAUUAGGUAAACUUAAGAAUUUUCGCAACCAGGAAAUGGCAGAUUUCUGCAUAUUGCACCUUUUUAAAGGAGUAGUUUCACCAUAUUAAAACAAGUGAUUCACGUAAAAGGGUUGACCUUCAAAUAGGGGACUUUUUUAAAAAAUACCUUAAUGUAUAAGUAAUUACAUUCAGAAAAGACUUUCAAAGCAACAAUAAAUAAGGCUUUCUAAAUGUGGUAAACAUGAGAUGUUGGUUAAAAUGUAUAUGUAUACUCUGACUUCUAGGGAGAUGCUAAAGUGCCAAUAAUCAGCAUUAUUGAUAUUUAUUCAUUUACUAUCUUUUGUGUUCUAUAUUAAAGGCACUUCAUUCUAAUAUAACAUGCUUUUAAAAUGAGGAUUUGUACACAAUUUUUACUUAAAACAAAGGGGUGCAAAGUUAUUUGUGGAACUGCCCUUUAAUGUAAUUUACUAUUCAUUGGUUCAAACCUUCGAUUUAUUAAAGUUUUGACAAAUGUAAA